AUGUGGCUUCCGAAUCCCACUCGUGAUCGCACCCUUCCGAAUCGCGGCCGUCGAAAUGAUCUCCGGCCAGCCUUCCAGCCACGAAUUCAACCUAACCCGUGUGCCCAAGUCAGUGUCGCAUCACCGGGAGCUGGUGCUGUGGCAAACGUCGCAAAGCCUGUUCUUUCUCGCCCAGCCAGGCCUUUUCGCUUCUUCGAUCUGCCUGGUGAAAUCAGGAAUCGCAUCUAUGACCUCGUCGUACCCGAAGCCCGAGUCAUUGUCUCUGGUACCCAUCCUCAGAAGCAACUCCAACAGUUGAAGAAGCGUGAGCCCAAGAAGAAACACCAGGCGCCUCGAUACCAUCUCCAGGGCACAUUCGCAGGCGGAUCGACAGAGGCUUCUCUUCUCUUCUCCUGUCGCCAGAUGAAUUGCGAAGCCGUCCAGUAUGUGUACGCCAGAACAACAUUUUGCUUCACAAGCUUCGUCGUCCUCAGAAAAUUCCUCGGUACUGUCCCCGAGGCAGCUCGCUCGAGCAUCGUGAGCCUAGAAAUCACUCAUAUCGGAUACGGCGAGCCCCCAUUGCUGGCGGACCGCGAGUGGAAGCUGAGACACGACGCCAAGUGGUCUGCGGUACUAAAUCAAGUCAAACAACAAACGGCACUUAGACGACUGGUCAUCGACAUAACCAACUUCGACUGGCCCAUCCAACUCGAAGCCAGGGAACCAUGGGCUAAACCCUUGCUUGCGCUUGGGGCUGAUGGUCUGGAUCGUGUCGACGUCACGCUGGAGCAUGACGGUUUCCCACGGGACAGGUGCACAGCAGCAGCGAAAGAGCUCGAGAACAGGAUGAUGACUAGGGAGGGCAGGAAGCAGAAGAGACAAGAGGAGAAGCGCAAAGCAGCCGACGACAAGAAACGGCUCGAAGAGGCAACACGCAAGGCCACAAAGGUGUUGACUAUCAAGCUUCCAAGUGGCGCGACACAGAUAAGCGGACCAGUCAAGAAAGUUGUCAGAAGCAAAGGCCUCGAGCAGUAUGCGGUUGCGCAACCUCCGAUCGCGUUCUGCUAA